AUGCAGGCGGAAUCCACUAUUAUUCCAGACAGCCGGAAGAGCACAAUCCCAAGAAGACAUGUAUUUUCUCGGGGAGGCUCUUGGGCCAAGCACUUGCAGCCGAUAACGCUAAGGGUUCACAGCGGGAGGAAGACCAAGAAGCAUGCUUCCUUCACAAUCUAUGGGAGAGAGUUGCGCCCUGUUGCUGCUGCGCAUUUCACCCAGAGAGUAGUACUUCUGGGGCCUCCUAGCAUCAAGGCCAACUCCACCAGCAUUGUUGUUUCAGACCGGGUCCCAGAGCUAGCUCGGUAUCGCCAUAUACUUUCUGCCCCGCGAGAAACAUUUGGCGGAAGUCUGAGACCGUGA